AUGUCUCUUCCUUUCACCUUUAUCCGCCAAUCCUUCAGUAACAAAAUUCGGCUCACCAACGUUCGCAAUUUAUCGCAGGAGCCUGAGAAGAUUCCAUUCCUGGCGAGGAAGAUCGACGUUGACGGUCGGGACCUUGAACUUGGAGUUGACGCCGACGCAUUAUUUGCCGAACGAGAACAUGAUGCCGACCUCACCAGCAUACCAGGUGUACUCAAUAAUGGUUCUGCCUGCACACCAAAUGCAUUCCUAAGUAUUAAAGGUUAUGGUCUGGUGCGCAGCAAUCGCUUUUGGAAGAGGACUGCCUUCAAGAUCGGCGCGCUCGGAAGCGGCGUGCUUGUGUGCUUCUUCCCGGACGCCUGGCUCCCAUCUCAAAGCCAACCCGCAGACCUAGGUCGUUGGGCCACCGAUUUCUCCGCCGACAUACAUCCUGUCGCUUGCCACUCUCACAAUGACUACUGGCGCCGGAUGCCCCUGUUCUCUGCAUUGCACGCAGGCUGCACCGGGGUCGAGGCUGAUGUGUGGCUAUUCGACGAGGAGCUGUAUGUGGGACAUUCUACGGCUUCACUCACCCCCAACCGAACUCUCCGUACCCUUUAUCUCAACCCAUUAAUGGAGAUUCUGGAUCGACAGAACCCCCUAACUUCCUUCCACCCUUCUGUUGAUACCCCUCGAAAUGGUGUCUUCGACACUGAUCCGGGUCAGACAUUGGUCUUGUUGAUUGACUUCAAGGACCAUGGUCAAGAUAUCUGGCCACAUGUGGUGGAGCAACUGCAGCCUCUCCGUGACAAGGGAUAUCUCACCUACUUCAACGGCAGUGAUGUGAUCGACGGGCCGGUGACGGUCGUGGUAACAGGAAACGCCCCCUUUCAGAUGGUGGUGAAGAGUCCUCAUUACCGAGAUAUGUUCUUCGAUGCUCCUUUGGCGCUGAUGGAAAAGUUAUCUGACAUGACCCCGCCGGGCCAGCCAUCAAUCUCAGAGAGCUCCCCGGCUGUCACUACCCUCGACAAACGAACCAACCAAAAUCAAGGUCAAGGUCUCUCAGGAUCUGCCCCAUUGAACCCAGCCAUCUAUUCCAGGGCCAAUUCUUAUUAUGCGUCUGUCAACUUCAAAGACACUAUCGGUUGGCCGUGGCAAGGAAGUUUCUCGUCUCGCCAGAUGGAUAAGAUUCGCAAACAAAUCGCCGGCGCACACUCUCGCGGCUUAAAAGUACGCUACUGGGGAGUUCCCAACUGGCCAAAGAGCAUGAGAAACUAUAUUUGGCGCUCCCUUGUCGAGGAAGGUGUCGACUACCUGAACGUGGAUGAUUUGAAGGCUGCUACCGAAGGCUCCUGGGGAUGGAACGAGAAGACCUGGUUUGAUUGGUUCUGGCGAUCAUGGUUUUCCAAAUCUGCUUCUACUCAAGACACCACCCACAGCACACAGACUGUACCGCCUAUUCGUGGUACAGCCCGUUGA